GCACCCGCAUCGCUUCCCCUCUCCCCGUUCGCUGCCAUCGUCGGAUCUGAGGCCGCUGCGAUGAGUUUUAUGGGGAAUCCUCGUGGGGACUGGAGGGUAUUUAAAACCAUCCACGGCCGGAAAGAUUAAAUCCCGUCUUGGUUUGGUUUGGUUUGGGUCUUGGAUUGUAGCAGCCACACUGCCUUCCUCAAUCUACUACAUUGCUGGAGCAAAACCCACAGUCUACAACCAAGUUUCGCAGCCAAUUUUGUCUCGUAAGGAGGAUUACGUCAUGAGUACCGAGAAAGGCUCAAGGGCUGUUGCAGAUGCGCUCAAGGACAUUGAGGUGGAAAAGAUCCGCGGUCCUGGAGAUUCUCAAAAUGUGAAGUUGAGUUCCUUCUGGGAGGAUCAGCCCGUGGUGUUGCACGUACUUCGAAGAUUCGGGUGUCAGCUUUGUCGAGGCCAGUCUGUUGAAAUGGCGAAAAUGCUUUCUCAACUGGAGGCUAACAACGUCCGCGUUGUGGGCAUCGGUCUCGAGAAGUUUGGCCUGGAGGAAUUUGAAGAGAAUAAUUACUGGAAAAGCGAGUUGUACAUUGACAACGAGAAGAAGAUACACAAAGCCCUGGCGCUCACGAAGGUGGGAUGGGUUGGAACAUUCAUGAUGCUAUUCGCGAAUAAAUCCGUCAAGGAGGCUGCUCAGAAAACCAAGGACACGCCUGGUAACUUCCAAGGCGACGGCAGGCAAUUGGGAGCAACUUUUGUGAUGGCCAAGGGAGGAGAGCUGUUGCUCGACCACCGCCAAAAGGACUUCGGUGAUCAGCCUACGAACGCUGAGAUCCUCACCGCUCUUGGUUUGGAUCCAAACCAAGCUUAGUAGCAAGCUUGUUUUCUGAAUCGUACUUUGUUUUACUCCGGCAAAUCCAGGGCUGAAGCUCGAUCAUGUCUUCUAAGCGCAUUGCAAGUCUGGAUUCGAAUCUGAGAACCGCAAUACCCAAGCCAAUUGUAUAACACUUGUGUCGAUGGAAAUAUAUAUACAUAUCCAAAUCCCUCUUCUAAGAUACCAAGCGAUGUCUUAUUUUUGGACCACGUACUCUUCCCUUCCUGUUUACACGUCAAAGACCCAAACGCUUCAAAGCCACUUGAGUCGAUGCUACUCUCUGAUGCAUAGAUUGGGGAUAGUUCAGAGCUCCUACGACAAGUGGGUGGUGCUUAAGCGGUUAUUAUCACCAGCCCAUGUCCACAUGCUUUUGACGUGUAUAGAGCAGAGAUCUGUCCGGAUUUGUUUUCCUGUCUGAACUCAUGUGACGCCACCGUUUCUAAAAUUCCACACCUGCUUGGUGCUCAUUCACUUCA